GGAGGGAUACCGACUUGGAGAUGCGUGUCUGUUUUUUUUUUUUUUUCCUCCUUCCCCCACCAAAAUAUUGAGAGUUAAGAGGCCGCUGCUGCGUGCAGCGGAGAUCAGAAAGAGAGCGGUGUCAGUCGGAGGCUGAGCUGCUGCUGUUCCUGCCGCCGCCGCCGCCGCUGCUCCACCACGACCGCCUCACUGCGGCGCUACAUCCCGGACUGGAUUUAAUCGAUUGCUCGCGUGGGGUUUCUUUGCGCGACACGACCGAAGAAGACACCCGGGGGGGGGCUGGGUUGCCUGCUUGAAAAAAGACCCCGAUUCGUCGUCGUUUUUGCCUAUUUUUCUUUUUUUCCUAAAAUAAAAGAUUGGCGUGUGGAAUUUUUCCCCCCCUUCUUCUUCUUCUCCUCCCCGUCCCUUUAAGGACACCUAUCCGUUUCCCUGGGAUUCUCUUGCUGGGCUGCACGGACUUGCAAGUUGCCUUUCGACCCGAAAGAAGAGUGUGUGUGUUCCCGGCGGAGGAGGAAGGGGAGAGAGACCGGGGACGCCGAAGCAGGCAGAGAGGCUUUGCCAAGCGAGGCUUUUUCCCUCCUUCCCGCGAUCCGGGGGGGAAGGAGCUGCGCGGCCGGACCCGUCCCGUUGCCCUCAAAACAGCGAGACCGCCCCCCCGGCGGACCGAAAAGAAGCCUUUGCGUCGUGAUUAUUGUGGGUGGUUGUUGUUGGGGUGGUGUGUUUUUUUUUCCUCCCACCCCCACCACCCCACCUUUUUGUGGUGUCGCUUGGGAAGAUGUUACUCUCCAAAUUUGGGUCCCUGGCUCAUCUUUGCAACCCGACCAGCAUGGAUCACCUGCCGGUGAAGAUCCUCCAGCCAGUGAAAGUGGAAAAGGAGCCGUUCGAUAAAAUCUAUCAAGUGGGCUCAGUCUUGGGCAGUGGGGGAUUUGGCACCGUCUAUGCUGGGAACAGGAUUGCAGAUGGCUUGCCGGUAGCUGUAAAACAUGUGGUGAAGGAGCGGGUGACAGAGUGGGGCACAAUUGGUGGAGUAAUGGUGCCCUUGGAAAUAGUCCUGUUGAAGAAAGUGGGUUCAGGCUUCCGGGGUGUAAUUAAGCUGCUUGACUGGUACGAGAGGCCUGAUGGCUACCUGAUCAUCAUGGAACGGCCAGACCUGGUGAAGGAUCUCUUUGACUUCAUAACGGAAAAGGGGGCGCUGGAUGAGGACACUGCGAGGGGCUUCUUCCAUCAGGUCCUGGAAGCAGUGCGCCACUGUUACAGCUGCGGGGUGGUACACAGAGACAUCAAGGACGAGAACCUUCUAGUGGAUCUCAGGACAGGAGAACUGAAGCUGAUCGAUUUUGGGUCUGGAGCCAUCCUCAAGGACACAGUCUACACUGACUUUGAUGGAACACGAGUGUACAGCCCACCAGAAUGGAUUCGCUAUCACAGAUACCACGGGCGAUCGGCUACUGUAUGGUCACUGGGUGUUUUGCUCUACGACAUGGUCUGCGGAGACAUCCCUUUUGAGCAAGAUGAAGAGAUCUUGAGAGGACGCCUGUAUUUCAGGAGGCGAAUUUCCCUGGAAUGCCAGCAGCUGAUCAAAUGGUGCCUUUCUCUGAGGCCUUCAGACAGACCGACCCUGGAGCAAAUUUUUGACCACCCGUGGUUACACAAAUCCGAAGUGGUGAAGUCAGAAGAUUGUGACAUAAGGUUACGGACCAUUGGCACGGACGUGUCUCGCACAAGUUCAAGCAACGAGAGCCUGUGAAAUGCUGAGGACCUUGUAAAGGGAGGGGAGCCACAAGCAGAAAAAAAAAUGGGGGGAGUGAAAAGACCAGAGUGCUGCUGCCGCCAAUAUGGGGCUGGAGAGGGGCGGGGAGAGAAAUGCAUUAAUUAUUCUGUACUUUGAAUCUUUGUCGGAGGGAAUUGAUUUUUUUAAAAAAUUUUCCCCUUAUUGCUGGUUUCUGCUUCAGAAAGAAAUGUCCUUUGGAAACGCUAAUAUAUGGGAGUUGGCCAGGCCAGUACUUAACCCAAAAGACUGACCUUAAUAUUAUUAUUAUUAUUUUUUAUUAUUAUUAUUAUUAUUAAGAAAAGCAGUGACCUCUUUAAAUAACACGGUAAACCUUUUUGCUCUCAUAGAGCCUGGACUAAAUUUUAUUUGCUUUUUUGAGUGCCUUUUUGAAAGCUGCUUUCAGUGGGACUUUCUUUUUUGAGCUGUGUGUGUCCAAAGAAAGAUCCAGUACAUUAUAGAACCUGCCUUCCCUUCUCCAUUCUAGGUGCUGGGGAAGCAGCUCCCUAUGAUGCGCUAGAAAACAUGUUCAGUGACUGAAUGAAGUAGUCCCAUCAACUGAUGAUGGAAUACUUGAACACAGACAUUUCACCACCUUCUUUCCCAGCCUUUUCUCCCUUCUCAAACCCCUCCCUCCCCCAAUCUGACCCCAGCAAGACAACUUCUGCUGAUCCACACAAUAUUUCCAUAGCCUUCAGGUUAUCAGCUCUUUAUCAGGAACAUUUAUCCAUAUUUCAUUUCAUCUCUACCACUGGGCACAAGAAAAAAAAGGCCCUUUCUCAGUUCCCCCAACCUCCAAGUCUUAAAAAAAAAACCAGUAUGAAUGGGCAUGUUAAAUGCACAAUCAAUGCAAUAUUCAAGGACUGUGUGCGUGUGGGUUUUUUUUUCUUCCUUUUCCCAUUACCUGUAUAAUGUGUUUAUGUAAAUUUCCCCCCCUGUACUAUACAAUUUUUAUUUAUUGUCUGGAGUUUAGAAAACCUCUCACAGACUCGGCUGUGGCUAUUUAUUUUA